CAAGUUUACUGCAUGAUAAUUGUCGACGCAGGGAGUCGAUUGCUUCGAAAAGCUGCCAUUGCACGAAACAGUCGCCAUGAAAGCACCAUUUCCAGUCAGCAUGGGUUCCUUCGGCAUUUGCACACAAUGCAUGCGUGCUCUUCGGCAAAGCGUCCGGCAAGAGAAUUCGGUGCUGCUGGCAAGAUCACCAGCUUCCAGCCGUCGACAUCUGUCGGUCCAACAAACAGAACCAAGGUUUCAGACUCAAAGCACGAAGUCGAGCAUACAUCUCAACGUUCCUACCGCCACUCCGACCAACACCACCAACCUCACGGCCGAAAUACCUGAAGAUGCCUCGAAGGCGGAAGCACAACCAGAGCACACCAAAUCCAAAUCACCCCAGAGACAAGAACUCCCGACAGGUCCCAGCGUCGCACACAUGCAGGCCCAGAUUCAGCAGUCCCUGCGACGCCCGGCCAUGGCCAACCCUCUGGCGAGUCGAGUAGCUCAGAGCCUGCGCAAGUCCGCCAAGGGGGCGACGCAGACGUACAUCACCUACGGCGAGACGGAGACACUUUUCAAAUCCUGUGCAGCACAGGCGGAUUACACCAUCCCCGAGGAUCAGCGCAUGGGCAUCCUCACGGGCCAAGGACCUCCCAAGACAGCCGAUGGGAUCGACCUCGGCCACCCCGUGCGAGACACCUGGUGGUUCAAGACGAUAGGCCUGCCGCCCACCUUUUCCACCUGGUCCCAGGUCGCGUUCCUCCACAUGUACAUCAUCACGGUGCGGAUGCGCGCGGUCGACACGACGUCCGAGUUCCAAGACUACCAGCGCUACCUGAUCGAACACUUCUCCAGCGCCGCCGAGGACAAGAUGGUCCUGCUGCACAACAUGUCCGCUCGGGGCGUGCGAAACAAAUACCUCAAGGACCUGUUUCUGCAGUGGCGCGGCAUCUUGGCCGCCCACGACGAGGGCUUGAUCAAGGGUGACGCCGUCCUUGCCGGAGCCGUCUGGCGAAACCUGUUCCGUGGACAGGAAGACGUGGAUUGGGAGAAGGUUGCGCUCGUUGUGGCCUUCCUGCGCAGGGCCAUCGCCAAAACCGGCAACCUCGAUAUAAAGACCAUAGUCAGGGGUGUGGAUGGGCCCGAAGGCAUUUGGGCCCAAAGUCAGCGGCCGCUGCAAGAGCUAGUAGACCGCGAAAGUGGAUUUCUCAAGGCGCCUCUCGCAGAUUGAUCGCCUGUCUAUUCAGCUUUCAUCGCCGACGUCUUUGUACACCAUAUGUAUGUAGUAUAGCAUCUUGAUAAAAAGUAUCUUUUCGAGCCAAUUGCUCUGGGCCAUAUGUUGCCAUGGG